AUGGAGAACCAAGAUCAAGGACCGUGGGAGGUCUCCGAGGACUCCUGCUACGUUGCCCUUACCUACCAUCUCCUCGACGCUUCAGCCAUCAUGAACCGAGUCCGCUCACCACAAGCCGGCGCCAUCGUCCUCUUCUCUGGCACGACACGCGACACAUUCGGCGACAAACCCGUCAAAGAGCUGCAGUACAGCGCCUACACGCCGCUUGCCCUCCGCACCAUGAUGUUCAUCGCCAAGGCCAUCGUCGAGAAGCACAGCUUGAAAGGCUUCGCCAUGAUUCACCGCUUGGGAACAGUCCCCAUCGGCGAGGAGAGCAUCUUGAUUGCGGUGUCGUCACCGCAUAGACAGGCUGCGUGGAGGGCUGGUGAGGAGGCGUUGGAGGAGUGCAAGGCCAAGGUCGAGGUAUGGAAGCGGGAGGAGUUCCAUGGCGAAGAGGGCGUGUGGAGGGCGAAUCGAGAUGGUAUUGCUGGGCAGAAAGAGACUGUUGGGGAUCGAAGCCAUCCAGAAAGCUCUAGUCCAGCUCAAACAUGA